GCUAUAGUGCUACUGUAAAGUGAAAAUUGCGUCAAUGUAUUUCUAUUCAUUGUUUUCAAACUGAGAUAAAAUAUAAACGAGUACAUGGACUGAAUAAAUAAGAGAUCAUUAUAAUUCCAUAUCUUCCUUCUUUUUUUGCAUAGUUAUCACGCGUACAGUGUUGAGACAGCUUGUUUAAAAACGUUUAAAACUUUUUCUUUUUUUUUUUAGAAAAUGUGAAUGACAAUUAAACGUUUUUUGAAGUUGUGUGUUUUUAUUGUUAUAAAUUAUAAUGCGCGUUAUUUCUCUAAAUAUAUAUAUAUGAAAAAUAGAUCUAUAUAAAGGUUAUGUUGAAAAUAAUUUUGAGAAAAAAAAGGUAGCAAGCUGAAUAAUAAAGGAGAUGAGUUGGUUACGAGGUAAUUCUCUUGGGACAAAUUUUGGUAAACAAAGGUCCAGAGAUUCUCCACCUAAGGAUGCUGAUCCCACGGCAUGUUAUGACAGUUUUAAAAAACAUUGGCAGCAGAGCUACGAAAUUAUUUCCAGCACACAGCCUCCAAAAGGACUUCCAAAGCAGGACGAUGUUCUUGGUGUGGUGAAUCAUGUUGAUCAAAUGGUGACUCUUCUAUUGUUGGAACUACGAAAUUCCACAUUACCUAAUCACCGGAAUACAGCAUCGCCUACACACUCUCCAUGUUUAGAGUACUUACUCAGCGAAAAUUUACUUGAUAAACUCUUUGAUUGGAGUUUAUAUACAGGAAAAUUUAACAACGCUGUUCGUUUGGAACAAUUGAAAUUAUAUGAGCUUUUGGUUUCCCAUAAUAGUGCACUUUUGGCACAUGAACCAGUGGCAAGGCCAUUGUUACGAUUAUUAGAACAAUGCGCAAACGAUGUUAUGCCUUUUGAAGUUGAAAAAAAACUUGUAAUUUUACUUAAUCAACUUUGUGUUGCUCUUAUGCAAAAUCUUGCACUUCUUGAUCUUUUUUUUCAUCCCAAAGCAAAUGAAAAAAAUAAAUUUCUCAUUUUUACACUUUUAAUACCACAUAUCCAUCGUGAAGGUGGUGUUGGACAACAAGCAAGAGAUGCAAUGUUACUUUGCAUGUCAUUAUCGAGAAAAAACGAUGAAGUUGGAAGUUAUAUUGCCGAUCCAUCAACUGGAGUUUGUUCGGUAUUGGCAAUGGUUAUAAAUGCCCUUUAUUCAGAUUUGCCGAAAAAAUUGGAUAUCGAAACAGAUGAUUGGCAUCGAUUGACACCCGAUGAUAUCAAUGAUAUGCCGGCAAUUACGCAAUUAAUAAAUUAUCUUGAAUUUUGUAAUGCAGUGGCACAAGUUGCCCAUCCACUUGUUCAAAAGCAAGUUCUCGAUUUUUUGUACAAUGGAUUUUUAGUUCCAGUUAUGGGUUAUGCGCUUUUACAGGAUUCUCUUCACUUGACUAUAGAACAGCUUGAUGCACCGCAAAACAGGUCUUCAGUGGAGGAUCUUAUUGCAGCAACAGCUUAUUUUGAUUUAUUUUUACGUUCAGUUACCGAACCCGGAUUAUUGCGUUCAUUCGUUCGAUUUUUAUUGGAGGAUAAUUUCGAUGAUUGUCGUAUUCUUGACAGUUUAAUCCAAAGAAUAUCAUCUAAGUCUCGGCUCUGUAUAGUGACACUCGCACUUUUUGAAACGUUAAUUGAUUUAAAUUGCGAGGACGUGAUGCUGGAACUUUGUCUCGCUUCUUUAAGUCCCUGCAAUCAUGUAAUGCAUUCACAACGACGAAGGUUACGCGAUAUUGAUCCAUUUGCACGUGCUGCUGAUAAAUUUCUUUCACUAACGCCAAAAUGUUGUCAACCAUUUGCAAUUGUUGCUUCAAAUUUAACACCUCCAAAUUCUUUGCCACCAGUGCCUUCGUCAGCGCGUAGAAAAAGUUCCAAUGAUGGAAAUAUAAAAUCACUACCACCAUUGACAACAUCAACAACAACAGCAAGUAAUUAUUGUUCACGUACAACAGAAAGUCUCUAUGGAAAUUAUCAUGCCUAUCUUUGUGAUGCGCGACAAAAAAUUACCUCUUGCCAAAUUGCCUGCACAAAUUGGUCCUGCCUCUACGAUGGAGAAUCAUCACCACGUGACAAUAGUAAUACAAGUAGUGUCACAACACUUGCCGAUGACAAUGCCAAUAAUAAUAAUAAUAGUCAUAAUAGCACAAAUCGUACAAAUUAUUCCCCGGAUAUUGAGAAUAUUAGCGAAGAUGUCACCGAUAAUUCACAAAUGCAAAAUAUUCUCGAUAAUAUUCAAUCAUUGUUGAAUGUUAGCGGUGGAAGUGAAGAGAAUUUAUUAAGUGAUAAUGAAUCGUCAAUUAAAAUUUUAUCUAGGGAAAAUCAAGAGAAAUUAGAUGCUGAUAUCGCUGAAUUAUUAAACGAGGAAAUUACUAUCGUUACAAUUGAGAAUUUAAAUAAAAAAGGUUCAGAUAGUGGAAUUGAUGAAUCGAAUACGGCAAUGAAUUCACUGUUAUCAAUUGGUGAAAGCAGUGGUUAUGAGAGUUUUGCAUUUAAAGGAUCAUCGGAAUCAACGCCUGAUAAUGAAUCAAAUGAAGAUCAUAUUAGUGAACACGAUGAAACAAUAAUUGAAUCGUCAUGUAGCGAGGAGGCAAGUGUACAAAUUCACGGUCUAAGGGGUGAAUCUUGUGAAACAAUUUUGUCAUCGAGUCGAGAAACAUUGAAUAAUAAUGGACAAAAUCGACGGUCCAUUAUUAAUGGACAACCGAGUGUUGGAAUUUUUCUCGAUGUUUUAUUAAGAAAAUUAGAAUGUAUGAUGUCAAAUAAUAUUUAUGUUAAUUUACAUCUCACGGGACUUAUUAGCAGGCUCGCUAUUUAUUCACAACCAUUGUUACAAUCGUUUCUUCUCAAUCAUUCACUUGUUUUUCAACCCAAUAUCCGAUCAUUGUUUCAGGUAAUUGCGUCAUUAAAACAAAAAAUCGAUCAAUUUCUAUUAAAACACGAGGAUGUGGAUUUACUUAUUGAGCAGGCGAGAAAUUUUCUCAUUGGCCGUGAGGAUAAACUUGUUAAUGCGAGAAAAAAUGCAUUAGAAGCUGCGGCACGAUCUUCGACAAAUGAGACAAUAAAAACAACGACAAACAGCGAAUCAUUUUCAAGAGGUGAGCCAAAAAAACGGAGUUUAACUUCUUCGUUGACUCAAAUGUUUAGAAGAUCAAGCGGAAGUUCCUCUUUUUCCAGUUUAACAAAUCCACAAUCAAGUAUUUCUGAAAAUCAUCUGGAAAUCGUUCCAGACGGUUCUGGAUAUCGGUAUUACACGAAAACUUCAUGGGAAUCGCCGAGUGAAAUAACAGCCGUGCAAAAUGUAAUUUUAUGCGCAGUUGUUUUGGACGAAUGGCUCAAGGAACUCGCGGCAAUUACACAGGAACACGCAAUCACCUCCCUCGUCAGUCAGGAAUUGAAAAUUUAAUUAUUUUUUUUUUUCAAUUUCCAUCUUCAAAUUAAUUAACACACGUAAUAUCAUUGUGUUUAUAAAAAAAAAAAAACAACCGUAAAAAAUUGUGAGAAUGCAAAAAAUUUAAAUUUUGCAACAAAAAAAUUACCAUUAAAAUAGAAACGAAAAAAAAAAAACUCCCAACAGAGUUUUUUUUUUCGUUAAUGUAUCUCAAUUUGUGAUAAGGGCCAAAAAGUGCUCUACCAAAAGUAUUCACACCAAUUUUACGUGCAAUGAUACAUAACUGAGAUUCCGAUACAUAAUUAUGAUUAUUUUAUCAAUUAAAAAUUCUCAUUACAUCACAGAAGCAAUUUUUUGAAAAUAAAAACCCUUUCUUUUUAUUUAAUUUUAAUCAAGGGAUGAGAGGGGGGAAAUCUCAAAUUAAUUACGUGAUUGGGUUUUUUUUUAUGCUUCCAUGUUUUUGCGAUGUUAUGAGAAUUUCUUGUCAACAAAUAAUAUUUGUUUUUUUUUUACUCUUACGAAAAUAUUAAAUUGAAUUUAAUAAUAAUAAUUAUUUUCGAAAUAGGGACAAAUUUUGAAUUUAAAUAAUUUUGGAAAAAAUUGCAAUACAAUCGCAAUGAUAAUCAGCAAAAAAAAAUAUAUGUUUCGUUUUGAAAAGAAAUUUAUAUACAUAUAUUGAAAAAAAGAGAAGACUGAAAUCGGACGAUUUUUUUAAAAUUAAAAAUCGUACCAAAGAUUGAAAUUGUAAUCGCUUCGUUUUAUUUUCGGUAAAAAAAAAAAUUCAAUGGAACAAAUUUCUUUGAAGUUGAUAAUUUGAUUAUUUAAAAAAAUGUAUUGCGUGAACAAUUUAAUUUUAAUUUAAAAAUUACAAAAAACCUUGAUAUUAUAUGCGAUAUUACAUAAAAUUUAAUUUUAAAUCGUUUUUGAAUUAAAAAAAAAAAAAUAUAUUUA